AUGUCACAUCUUGCUGGUCUAUGUGACAAUGCGUUGCUGUUGAGCUCAGUAAUAGCUCUGGGUGCUUUGUUGCUGUGGUUUUACGUAUAUACCGUCAAGCCAACAACACGAUUUAUACAAGGGCUUCCAUAUCUUCCCAACCCAAGCCUACUUCUUGGAAAUCUGAAGCAGCUAGGGAAUGACCAUCCCACAAACCUACAAGAACUCUCUCUCAAAUAUGGAAUGCCUGUGUUUCAGUGUCUAUUCGGAAACCAAAGAAUUAUUUUCAUCAACUCAUACUCAGCAGCAAUGGACUGGUUUGUAAAAAAUCAAACAUGUCUUAUAGACAGACCUCUGUUCUACACCUUUCACAGGUUGGUUUCGACAUCACAAGGACUGACAAUAGGAACCUCACCUUGGAAUGAUACAUGCAAGAAGAGACGACUUAAUGUGCAAAGAUAUAUGACUACACCUGCGAUUCAAGAAAGGGCAAGCUUAUAUGAUGUGGAAUCAUAUUCAUUAUUGCGCGAUCUCUAUCAAGAUACGUCGAAUGGAAGGUCGGCUUAUCCUUACACUUAUACUCAAAGACUUGCUCUCAACUUCACCACUAUGCUCUGCUAUGCCACAAGAUUUGACAAUAUAAGAACCAAACUCCUAAAGGAGAUCCUAGAAAUUGUGAAGACUAUAUCCUCUUUCCGGUCUACAAACAAGAACUUGCAAGAUUAUGUUCCGAUUAUAAGACUUUUGCCCGAAAAUCCCAGAAGCAAACUUGCGGUUGAGUGCAGUAGGAUUAGAGACGAGUGGCUUCAAAAGCUUACUCAGCAGGCACUCAAUCAUCGAGACGAUCGUGUGAGUAUUGUUGGAGACUUUGCUAAGUCUGACGGGGAAGGGAGAUUAAAUCUGGAUGAUAUCAAAUGCAUAUGUGUCGGCUUGGUCUCUGGUGGCUUCGAGACUCUUGGUUCAACAGGAGCUCUGAUAUUUGCUCAACUCGCCACCGAAAAAGGAAAGAAGUGGCAAGAAAGAAUCUACGCUGAUUGCAUUGAGCACUAUGGCUCCGUAGAGGUGGCAUGGCAGCAUGUGGUACUUGAACAAAAGAGUGAGUUUGCAGUGUCCUUCAUCCGCGAGCUUCUGAGAAUGUACGCCGUCAUCCCUUUGAUUCCAGCUAGAAAAACUGCAAAGUCUUUUGAAUGGAACGGGGCUCUCAUUCCUGAGGGUACAACAGUGAUCUUGAAUGCACAAGCUGCGAAUCACGAUAGAGACCAUUUUGGAGAGACGGUAGAUGAUUUCGUUCCUGAAAGAUUCCUCUAUGAAUCGGAUGUGAACCAUUCUCCAUACCAUUUCACAUUUGGUGCGGGAUCAAGGGCAUGUACGGCAGUCAAUCUUUCAAUUAGAAUACUCUAUGUCAUUUUGACACGAAGCUGCAUGCUUUUUGAAAUUGAAAAAGAUGCGUCGCGUUCGCCAGUGAAUGACUAUAUCGGGUAUGCAGCGGACAGAUCAGCACAAACAUACUGGCCUAAAGAUUUUGGUAUAUAUCUGAGACCAAGAGAUCUCGGUACAAUGGAGAGAUGUUUCCAGAAAUCCAAAGAGGCUUGUGCUGAGCUAUUGUCGUAUUCAUAUGAAAACGAUGAGGUUGCUGAAAAGUAUGAUAAUGAUUUAUAG